AUGUACACAGAAGCCACACAGCAACCAAAGCCUUGGGCAUGGACACCCUUGAUAGAAAGUCGACCACUAUCAGAAGCAGCAGGAUGCAGAGUCUUUCUCAAGUUGGAUAACCUCCAACCAUCUGGAUCCUUCAAAUCGCGUGGUGUUGGUAACUACGUCCUCCAACGUGCCGCCGAACGUAUCACCUCCUCUGCCACGCCCAACUCAACACAUUUCUAUGCGGCCUCGGGUGGUAAUGCAGGCAUUGCUUGCGUCCACGCCGCUAGGAUGCUUGGAUAUCCUGCCACCGUGGUUGUACCUAAGAGUGCCAAACCCGUCAUGAUUGCAAAGAUCUGGGCCAUGGGCGUCUCAAAAGUCAUCCAGCAUGGGUCCACCAUUGCAGAAGCACAAGAGUACAUUCUCAACACUCUCUUGCCGGCUGAUCCUACUGGCGUUUUCGUACCUCCUUUUGAUCACCAAGAUAUCUGGGAUGGCAAUGCAACCGUCAUGCAAGAGAUUGCAUCACAGCUCGGUGACAAGCCCGAUGUUGUCGUAUGUAGUGUCGGUGGUGGAGGCUUACUCAACGGUAUCAUGCAAGAACUCGACGAUAAGAAGUGGAACAACGAUGUACAGGUCUUGGCCAUGGAGACCAAGGGAGCCGACUCGUUGCGUCAAAGUCUCGAUGCAGGCCACAUCAUCACACUCCCAAGGAUCACAUCACAGGCUACCAGUCUUGGAGUCGUCAGAGUCGCAGAGAAAACCUACGAGUAUGCUCAGAGGCCGAACGUCACGAGCGUUGUACUCUCUGACGAGGAGGCUGCUAAGGGAUGUUGUUUGUUGGCCGAACACGAAAGAAUGAUGGUCGAACUGACUGUAGGUGUCAACGUGCCAGUCUGCUUCGACGGAUUUCUGCAGAGACUAUUGGCCUCGAAGAAGACAAUCACCAAAGACAGCAAGGUAGUGCUUGUUGUUUGUGGUGGCAAUGACAUUUCGCUCGACAUGCUUAUGGCAUGGCGCAUGGCUAUGGUGGGCAGUGAGACUGUCCAAGAGAGCACUACAUCAAUGACCGCAAGAGUUGGAGCUACUGGCGUCACUGCCUGA